AGGCUCGGGAGGCCCCCGCGCCGCCAGGCCCGCGCGGGCCCGCGCCGCGCUGCCCCCCCGGCGGGCGCGCAGCGAGUCUCCCCUGGGGAAGGGGGCCCAUGGAUGGCGACCUGGGCCCGGGCCCUUCUGCGGCCGAGGGCGAGCGCCCCUGGGGCCGCCCGGGCGGCGAGCCGCUGUCCCCCCUGGCGCGCGUCGGCAGCGCCUCGAGCGGGGCGCGCCCGCGGCGCGCCGGCAGCGCCUCGAGCGGGAGGGGCGCGGCGAGCCCGGGCUCGGAGGAGCAGGAGGUGGAGGCGUGGGUCCGGGGACUGUGGCGCUCCCUCCAUCGGGGGCAGGAGGUUGGUACCUCCAUCUCUCGCUCGGAGCUGGACCGCGAGGAAUUCCACAACGUGAUCACCAGCGCAGUCAUGGAUCAUCGCGUCGGGGGCGCCGUGUACGAGAGGGCACAGAUGAACAUGGCGAACGCGCUCAACCUGAUCUUGAACAAGGCAGACAGCAACUGCGACCAGAUGCUGAGCUUUGACGAGUUCAGGUCGUUCCUGCGUUUCCUCUGGCGCAACCCGCACACGGAGGUGUCGGCGGAGCUCGUGUUCGCCCUCUUCGACGUGGAUUCGAGCCUUUCCAUUGACAAGACGGAGUUCCGCGAGAUGCUCAAGUUCUUCCUCGGCCGGAACCCGACCCAGAUGGAGUUCGAGCAAGAGUGGGGCCGCCUGGCGAUCGAAGGGCAGGAGGUGGUCACCCGCGCGCAGUACACCCGCUGGCUGCAGGCCUCCUCGAACCCGGUGUUCUCCCAGUAUGCGCCUGCGAGGGCUGCUCAACCGCUGUCCGGCAGCAGACAGGCGACCAAGGGGACCGCCAUCAGGGACAGACCGCGCUGGAACAAGAGGUUCAACACGGGCGUGACACCAGGCCACGUCAACGACAUCCUCCCGUACUACCGGAGGGACGCGCUGGCGGACUUUUCAGAGCACAUGAGCGUCGCGGAGCUCGAUCGCUUCUACCAGACGUACAGCGGAUUCACCAGCAACCGCGCCAAGCUGUACGCCCCGAAGCGCCCGACACCGGCCCCCGCCCUGGUGCCAAAGUCGCUCUCCACAGGAGUCAGAGCGCUCAUGACCUUGCCGGGUCGGCACUCGCCCGGGGGCUCGAUGCGGGCCCACACUGGCAGGAAACCCAGGAGCCGACGCCGUGGCAGGACAACUUCCUGACCCCGCUCGAGCACAAGCGGACACCCUGCCCCAGCGAGCGGCCUUUGCCGAAGCUGGCCACCUUUCCGCCCCUCGAGCACAGGCCGAAGAGGGAGGGGUACCUGUCCAGCGAUCGCUGGAGCAACCACUUCUUCUCCAGCGUCUCUGAGCCGAGCUUCUCUUCUAGAGGACGCAGUAGCUGCCAGUCACCGCGGGUUCGCCUGCCAGUCGCUCCUUCUAGAGGUGCGGCUGCUGCUGCUCCCGAUCUGAUGCGACGACCUUCGUUGUCGCAAGCUCUCGUAGUCGAUGUAACCCUCCCGUCUUUCUUUCUUUCUCUCUCUCUCUCUUUUCCUUCUGCUGGAUGCAGAGCCUCCUCCUGCUUGAUCCCCUUCUGCUGAGAUUAGAUGUCUGCCCGGCUGCACGUUCGGCACCGUCUAGCUCCUCCUCAU